AUGAAAGUCACGGUGCUCAGCUGGCUUCUUGGUCUCUUGGCCCUGCUAUUUCCGUUCACUCAGGGCUCUCACAUCGCACGCUCGGCCAGCUUGACGACGCAGGUUCAGUGGGAUAAGUACAGCCUCAUUGUGAACGACAAGCGCAUCGUUCUUUGGAGCGGCGAAGUUCAUACGUGGCGUUUACCGGUACCCGACUUGUGGCCCGACAUUUGCCAGAAGGCGAAAGCUGCGGGGCUCAAUGCGCUGUCAUUUUAUACCCAUUGGGGGCUCGUGAAUCCCUCUGACGGCACCCUUGACUUCGACGGCUAUCGUGCACUUCAACCGUUCUUCGACGCAGCCAAAGAAAGUGGUCUAUAUCUCAUUGCGCGCCCUGGACCUUAUAUCAAUGCCGAGACCACGGCCGGAGGAAUACCGGGAUGGGUCACCAACAUCGAGGGCGAGCUUCGAACCAACGCAUCCGAUUUUGUUGCAGCCUAUACCCCAUACUGGCGAGCUGUUGGCAAGAUGUUUGCUGACAAUCAAGUCAGCAACGGCGGCCCCAUUAUCGCGGUACAAAUAGAGAACGAGUACUAUUUGAACUGGGCGGGUGAUAUCGACCGUACCUAUAUCUCGGACCUCGAGAACCAGAUGCGUGAGGUCGGUGUCGAUGUUCCAUUCACGUUCAAUGAUGCAUCCCCAGAAGGCCGUCUCCUGAAUGGCACAGGCGCAGUGCAACUGUACGGAGCGGACGCCUAUCCGCUCGGUUUCUCCUGCAGCUCUCCGGAUUCGUGGUACACAGUCGACACUCAAUGGACAGCCACUGACUUCUUUGCCACGACGAGUGGUGAGUAUGACGAACCGUACUUCAUUCCAGAGUAUCAGAUGGGGGCUUUUGUUGGCUGGAACCAGACUGGUUCAAGUGGAUGUCGUCAACUCACGGGUGCAAACUUUGAACGUGUCUUCUAUCUCAACUCGCUCGCUAUGAACAUCAAGAUGAUCAACUUCUACAUGUUCUUCGGUGGGACGAACUUCGGCCAAAUGAUGUACCCCAGUGCGAUCACCUCAUACGACUACGCAGCUCCAGUCGAGGAAACUCGAGCAUUGGUUCCGCACAAGUACGGGGAAUUCAAGUCGCUCGGCCUUUGGCUUCGCUAUGCGAUCGACUUUCCACAAACCGUGCCUGUCGGAAACGGCUCAGCAGGCUACGUGGACAACUCUGGCGUAUAUGUGGACGAACUCAGGAAUGUUGUCAACAACGCUGGCUUUUACAUCGGACGCCAAACCAAUAGCUCUUCUUUCGAUACCCAGACCUUCAAGUUAUCGCUAAACACUUCUCUUGGCUCUUUCACUGUCCCAAGCCUAGGAGGAAACAUUACCUUCGCAGGUCGUGAUUCUCGUGUCUUCAUGACCGACUUUCCAUUCGGGUCAAAACAGACGCUGUUGUACAGCACUGCGCCAGUGAUGCUGGGAACGACCAUUGGCUCCCAAGACGUCUUGGUCCUGUACGGCGAACUCGGACAGACGUUCGAGAUCGCGCUCCUUGGAACGCGCGGCCAGAUGAAGCCUCUUUCAGGCGCUGCUAAUGUGAACAUCACCACAGCCACCGAGUCGGACAAGAUCAUCUUGAACUGGAACAGUAUCUCGACAGGGGUCUCGACGUUUAAGGUCACUUUCGCGGAAGGAUCGGUCCUUGUCUUGUUCGCGGAUAUGCUCACGAGCUAUCAGCUUUGGAACCCCACUAUCACCGACUCGAGCGAACCCUUCGGUGCCUACGCGGGCUACGGAAGUACGGAGUCGGUCUUGGUCGGAGGACCGUAUUUCGUUCGAGAUGUGGAAUUGGAAGACAAGGAGUCGAUCAUCGCCUUGCGGGGAGAUCUGAACGACACGGCAUCCCUCUGGGUGCUUGGACCGUCACACGCAAAGGGUGUGUCCUGGAAUGGUGUCUUGACCAAGGCGAAGAAGAACGCGUUUGGAGCGUGGUCCGUCGACCUGCCUGGUCCUCACUCCAUCGGAUCCGUGGUGACACCUCAGCUGGGCGAGUGGCGCUUUAUCGACGCGUUACCGGAAAUCGAGAAGGGUUUCGAUGAUUCGGCUUGGACGAAGGCGGACCACGUCACUACCCUCAACCCGAACAAACCAUACGAUGGCAAAUCCGUGCUCUAUUCCCAAGAUUAUGGCUUCAUGCAGGGUAAUGUCAUCUAUCGCGGGCAUUUCAAGGCUACUGGAAAGGAAGAUGAGGUCAACAUAUCGCUUUCGACGGGCCCUUCAGGUGCUGGGAGUGUAUGGUUGAACGAAGCGUUCCUCGGUAGCGCCUAUGUCGAAUCAACUGCUGGGAUUGAGGACGUCAAUGCGACCUUCGCCAUCCCUCAAGAUGCGCUGAAAGUCGGGAAAGACAACGUAUUGACGAUCCUGGCGGACCACAUGGGCUUCGAUCAGACAGACCAGACAAUCGUCAACGGCGGUACCCCCAACGAUAUCAAGUUCCCGAGAGGUAUUCGCGGCUACUCUUUCUCAACCGACCUCGAGUGGAAGAUCCAAGGGAACUACGGCGGCAACACGCACUUCCCCGAUAGAGUGCGAGGAAUUCUCAACGAAGGAGGACUCUGUGCUGAGCGGGCUGGAUACCAUCUUCCUGGAUUCGACGACUCGAAGUGGGUGAAGCGUUCGCCUUCGGAAGGAUUGACGAAGCCGGGUGUGGGCUUCUUCCGUACCGAGUUUGAGCUGCACGUCCCGAAAGGCCUGGAGGCUCCUCUGAGUUUCGUGUACCCAGACACCACUGGCAACUAUCGUUCUCAGCUUUAUGUCAAUGGCUGGAUGUUCGGCAAGCGAGUGGGUGCUUUAGGCCCGCAAUUGGUCUUCCCAGUCCCACCUGGAAUCAUCAACACCAACGGUCACAACACUGUCGCUCUCUCGCUCUGGGCACUGGACAACACGACGGACGCGAAAGUCAUAGACGGUUUCUCGGUCGAACUCCUAGACGGAACAUGGACGACGAGUCGGGAUGCUAUCGUUUCCAACAAUCCCGGAUGGACAACCCGGAAGGCUUCUUGUUGA